AUGGACGGCGACAAUUGGACUAAGCCAUUGUUUCUCGAAUGGGUCAAGGAGUGGUGGGAUAUCGAACGCGAACGCAAUUCCAAAGGCGCCCCUACCUACAAAAAGGCAUACAAUUCACUCAAGGUGUGUCCUUUAACUUUCCGGCACCCCGCCGAACUCGACGCACUCCACGGGUUUGGCCCCAAGAUCUGUCAAAGACUUACCGACAAAUUUAAACGACACUGCGAAGACAAUGGCCUCCCCAUGCCCCCACAUCCCAAGGGGAAGCGAAAAAGGGAGAUGGAAUCAGCCCUCGUGGAAGCAGCUGUCGCGCAAAACGAACAGCCAUCACCUCCCAAAAGAGCCAAGAAGGCCAGGCCUUAUGUUCCAAAGCUGAACAGUGGCGCAUAUGCGCUGCUCAUGGCGCUCUCAGAUCCUGGACCAUCGGGGUACAUGGACAAGACCGCGCUAAUCGUCAAAGCCCAACCUUAUUCGGACACUUCCUUCACUGUUCCUUCCAUGGCCAACAAAUCAUACACGGCUUGGGAUUCCAUGAAGACUCUUGACGACAAGGAACUUGUCCAUAUACGUGGUCGACCUACCAAAAGGUACUCGUUGACGGAUGAAGGCUGGGAAGUGGUCAAGCGGAUGAAGGAAGCACGGAACCUUGUGGAUGGAGUAGGUGAGAAAACAGCUACGUCGUCUCGGACCGCCACCGCCAGUGGCAGUGGUACUUCGAAUGUCAACCGCAACGAUGAGAAUUUCAACCCGAAUCGGCCAGAAAGCGGAGUGAAGAGGGAAAGUCGAUAUACGCCUCUUGACACAAAACGGUUCGGCUCGGCUACAAUAAGCCCAGAAAAACCACCACAGGCGAGACCUCGCACGGUAACGACAGAAAUCAUCUCCCUCGAUAGUGACGAAGAAGACCUCAGGUACAUCGACCUAGUAGCAGACGGCGACACCAUCCCCUCUGACGAGUCCAGCCUCCCACACUUCACGCCCAUCCGCCUAGCGCCCGGCUCCUUCACAGUCGAACUAGUCCUCGACACGCGCGAAGUGCAAGCCAAGAACAACCGGGACUACAUCCAAGACGAGCUCUCCAAGCUGGGCAUCCGGCCCAUCAUGCGCAGUCUCGAGCUCGGCGACGUGUUGUGGGUAGCCAAGUGCAAGCAGCUGGGCUGGCUUAACAGGCUAGGCGCCGAAGGCGACGAGGUAGUGCUCGAUUACAUUGUGGAGCGCAAGCGUCUUGACGAUCUCACCGGGAGCAUCAAGGACGGGCGGUUCCGCGAGCAAAAGUACCGGCUCAAGCGGUCCGGGAUGAAAAACGUCAUCUACGUCGUCGAGAACUUUUCUCUCGACCAGGAGGUGCGAAACAAGUACCAGGAGGCCAUGGACACGGCCAUGGCGUCGGUGCAGGUCGUCAACGGAUACUUUUUGAAGAAAACCGACACCAUUGCCGAGUCCAUCAAGUACCUGGCGAGCGUGACGUACAUGCUCAAGGAGAUUUAUGAGGCAAAACCGCUGUUUGUUAUACCGACCAACGUCCUGACGGCAAAGAAUUACCUCCCGCUGAUCAAGCAUUUGCGGGAGAAGGAGCCGUCGAAAGGUCACUAUAUCAGCUACCCGGCGUUUGCGAGCUUGGUGUCCAAGUCGGAGAUGAUGACGCUGGGCGACGUGUUUCUCAAGAUGCUGAUGUGUAUCAGGCGGCUGUCGGGGGAGAAGGCGAUUGAGAUCCGCAAGGUGUGGAAGACGCCGUAUGAGCUGGUCAGGGCGUUUGAGGCGUGCGGGACGGACGAGAACGGUAAGAGGAAGCAGAAGGCGCUGGUGAUGAGUAUGCUUUCGCAUGUUGUUGGUCGGGGGAGUGUUGAUAAUGGGUUGAGUGAGAAGAUUGCGGAGGUUUGGGGGUUUUUGUGA